AUGGGGGAAGCAAUUGUCAAUCAUAGGAAACGAUUUGGUACUCCUAAUGGGCAGCUCAUGGAAUUGCUUGAAACGUUACUGAGAAACGGAAGUGAUGCAUAUAUGUGUGAUGAUGAAGGUCAAAAUCUUUUGCACAAGUUGGGGUCCGGUUUUGCCGACACUGAUCUAGCAGGAGUUUCCACCUGGGACAUGCUCUUGGAGUUCAUUGAUGUCAAUAACGUCGAUGCUGAAGGUCGUAACCCGCUUCAAUUUCUAGUUCGGUGUUGGAAUCGGACCAACGCUGUUCGCCAAUUAAGCAAUCGGGGAGCGGAUGUCUCUAUAGCCGAUCACAAGGGAAACGUGCCUCUCCACAUGGUGAUGACCGGCAAACUUGUCGGGUGGUUGUGGGAGUAUGAUAACGUUACAACCAUGACAAUGGAUUCUGAGGCCCCAGCAAGAGCCCAGGAGGAGAUGAUGCAAGCCUUAAUGGAUGCUGGGGCCUCGAGGGAUCAUGUAAAUGCAGCUGGAAAGACAUCCUCGCAGCUGCUCGACGGUCUGACAGAGAGGGAAAAGAAAGUAUGGCAGAAAGAGAAAGCCCGGCGUGCUGAAGUUGAGGGUUGGGGACAAGGCUUCUAG